ACGGGUAAUCGACUAAUAAUAAUAAUAAUAAUAAUUAUCCCUAAUAAUAAUAAUAAGGGCUUGUCCUCGUCUUCUUUCUCUGAAACAAUACUAAUACAGUUCAUCUUCUCCGUCUUCCUCUUUCCGCCGUUGCUGCCGUCUCCACCACCGCCCACGUCGCCCGUCCUAACAGCGGUGUUCUUACUCUCUUCUGCUACACGGCGGCGUUCUUCUUCCUUUUACACGCCGCCUUGCUGUCUCACCGUCGUCCUCUAAAUCGCUCCACCUCUUUCAAUUCACUACUUGCGAUUUGAUUUUUGACAGCGUUAUUUUGACGCCCGUGAAAUUGAAGAGCGCAAGAACUAACUCGCCUGAAAGACGGUUACAACAACAGCAUUUCACCCUUCUUCUCCAACUCAAUUCUUCGCUCCCCUUAUCCCACUGCGUGCUAAUUGCAACCAUGAGUGUCGUCAAGAUCGAAGAGCUUGAAGGAGAUAUAGUUCCAUCUAUAGAUCAUUUCUUCGUCAAAAUUGGCGAACCUAUUCCUUUGAACUCCAACGAUUCCAAUUUCGAUCUCCAAACUCCAACGACUCAACCUAUCGCACUCUCUCAACGCUUUCGUCUCACUUUCCUUGCUCAUUCUUCAGGUUUUUAUGUUGUGAAGACCAAAGACCUUAUUGAUUCUGCUAAAGGUAGUGGCUCUGCUGUUGAAGAGUUGAGUCUUGUUGAUGUUGGUAUUGGCAGGGUUCGGAUAUUGGCUCUUUCUACGGAUAAUUCAACUCUCGCUGCUUCUGUUGGUGGCUAUAUACGGUUUUACUCUGUUGAUAGCUUUCUUAAUAAGGAAGUGAAGCAAUCCUUUUCUUGUUUACUUAAUGAUUCGACCUUUGUCAAGGACAUGCGAUGGACAACAACAUCUGAAAAUUCCUAUGUCGUUCUUUCAAAUACCGGGCAACUAUAUCACGGUGGGGCUGGUUCUCCUCUUAAACAUGUGAUGGACAGUGUUGAAGCUGUUGAUUGGUGCGUAAAAGGGACAUUAGUUGCCGUGGCAAGAAAAAAUGUUCUGAGCAUUUUAUCCUCGAACUUUGAAGAAAGGGUUUCAAUUUCACUACCCUUCAGAUCUUGGAUUGGCGAUUCUGAGGCAAAUAUCAGUGUAAAAGUUGAUUCUGUCAAGUGUGUUCGACCUGAUUCCAUUAUAAUUGGAUGCUUUCAACUUACUGAAGAUGGCCAGGAGGAAAAUUAUCUUAUCCAAGUUAUUAGCAGCAAGCAUGGCGAAAUUUCUGAUGAUUGUUCUGAAUUAGUUGUCCAAUCAUUCUAUGAUAAUUACCCAGGAAUGGUUGAUGAUAUUGUAUCCCCUGGAAGUGGCCCCUACCUUUUAUUGGCUUAUUUAGAAGAAUGCCAACUUGUAAUCAAUGCCAACAUGAAGAAUACAGAUAAUCACAUUUGCUUGCUUGGUUGGUUGCAAGAUGAUGAUAAGGGUGAAUCUGCAAUUGUUAAUAAACUUGAAAUUGACCGGUUAAAGUGGAUUCCAAAAAUUGAACUUCAAGCAAACGAGGAUGAUAAUCUUCUCUUGGGGCUAUGUAUUGAUAAAGUUUCAAUAUGUCAAAAAGUUAGAGUUCAAGUUGGUGCAGAGGAGGAAGAAACUGAGCUCUCACCUUAUUGUGUCCUUAUGUGUCUCACACUGGAUGGAAAACUUGUUAUGUUCCAUGUUGCUAGUCUUGCAGGAAAUAAAGUUUCACCUGCGGUUGAUUCUGCUGCACCUGCGGUUGGUUCUGCUGAGCAUGAUGAGGAAGAUGCUUCUAUAAAGCUACCCGUGGAUGGAAACUCCAAUUUUUCUUUUGACUUGCAGAAAAAUGAAAAGGAAUUGGAUCAGGAUGUUGAGGUUAGUGAGAAUCUAAAGCAAAAGAUUAGUGAGAAUCUGAAGUCCAAGCCUUUUGCUGAAGAAAUGAAGCCUUCACUAAUUUAUCGCAAGUACCCUGAAGUAGGAUCAGCGGCAAAUGUACAGUCUUUGAAGUCUGAUGUGCAGCAAAAAGUUCCAGGUGUAGAUGUGAAGCAAGUUAAUGAUAGUCAACUUCGAUUUCCUCCAAGUGAACAAUGGAGAAACCUAGGUCAAAAGACUUCAGCACUUGAAACAAGUAUAGGUUCUUUUACAGUAAACCGUCCUUCUGCUGCUCCUGGUUUGUCAAGUUAUAAAAUUUUUCAAGCUAAUACUGAGAGGACCAAGGAGCUCCAGAAUACAAAUAGUUCACGAGACUCACAGAGAGAUAAUCAUCUAUUGCCUAGUGAAACACUUUCAUUCCCAAAAAACUCUAAUGUGUCUUCAGUUUCUGUAUCAAGAAACGUUAACGGUACUGAUCAUCAAAAUAAAAAUUAUACUGUGGGUGCUACAAAUGCUCAUGCUGCAAAUAUGCCUGGUAUCAUUGGUGGAAAGCCUUUAUUUGUAAAGGAUGCGAAUGUUGAAUCACCUCCUAUCCACUCUUCUGGUAGGCCAGUUCAGAGUAGUGGACAACUACCUUCCAUAGGAGCAGAAAGUUCACGUUUGUCAUUACAUGGAAAUUCUACAACUGCAAAGUCAUCUAUACAAAAAUGUCAUCCUUCUGAUGAGCAGCAUGUAAAUUCAUCCAAGGCUGCGAUUUCAAGUUCUGAUUUGUCAAAGCAGUUUGGAAAUAUUAAUGAGAUGACCAAAGAAUUGGAUCUGCUUUUGAAGUCAAUAGAAGAGGCUGGAGGCUUUAGAGAUGCUUGCACCAGGUCACUACAAAGUUCAAUUGGUGAAGUGGAGCAAAGCAUGGAAUCUCUAUCUAAACAAUGCAAAAUACGGACGUGGCAAGUGGAUCAACAUCUUGAGGAGGUUCAUUAUCUUCUUAACAAGACAAUACAAGUUGUGGCAAGAAAAGUAUACGUGGAAGACAUAUAUAAGCAAGCUUGUGACAGCCGAUAUUGGGACCUAUGGAAUAGGCAAAAGUUGAAUUCAGAACUAGAGCUAAAGCGGCAGCAUAUACUUAAUUUGAAUCAGGAUUUAACUUAUCAGUUAGUUGAAUUGGAGAGACAUUUCAAUGCCCUUGAACUGAACAAAUUCAGUCAAUAUAGUGGCCAUCACAUUGGUCGUGAAGCUUCUCAAAAUAGAUAUGGACCUUCAAGACACAUACAGUCGUUGCAUAGUUUACAGAAUGCAAUCAGGUCGCAACUUGUAGCUGCAGAGAAUCUCUCGGAAUGCCUUUCAAAACAAAUGGCUACAUUGAGUUUAAGGUCCCCAUCUGAGGAACAAAAGAACGUGAAGGAACUCUUUGAAACAAUAGGAAUUCCCUAUGACACUUCGUUUGGCACUCCAGACACGAAAGGUUUUAUGAAGACUCCUUCUAGUAAGAAGCUCUUGUUUUCUGAUUUGACUAGUAAUAAAGAUAAAUCUAAGAGAGUUCAAGGUAGUGCUGUGAAGAAUUCCGAACCAGAAAUGGCUAGGAGGAGGAGAGACUCACUUGACCAGAGUUGGACCCGUUCUGAACCUCCCAAAACUAUCAUCAAAAGGGUGUUGCUGCAAGAACGCCAGAAACCAAAGUGGAAAGAAUCAUCAUUUUCAAAAGAAAAAAUCAAUUCUUCCAUGCCAGUGGAAUCUGCUCCUCAUCAAAUGGAUGCUAGAAUUCCCUCAGCAAGCUUUCUGGAUUCCCAUCUUGCAAUUAAAGAUGUGUCAGAACACUCAAAGGCAUUUAUACAGGAUGGCAACCUCAAAGCACACACUCAAGUUUCAGAUUCCAAGUCUCGUGUUUUGCAAAAAAGUAAUGUCUCUGCAGUUCCCGAACGUCCUGCAUUCCACUUGUCACCUGCAAUCGUGCAUGGUCAUUCCACCGAAACGAGAGAUUUGGCAGCUGAAAAAUCGAAUUUUAAAAAAUUUGAUACAAGUUCGAAUAAUGAGAGCAAACCUUUUUCAUUCAUGGAAAUGCCUCAAAAAUUCUCAAUCUCUACCCGUUCAACCACAGAAACACCUUUAUCUGUGUUUAAAUCGAGUGAAAUGCCCAUUACAAACAGUAAAAUGAGUUCGGCUACAAGCUUAACGAUGGGAGACAAACCUUCAGGUGCAUUUACUUCUGAGUCUUGGAAAAAAAACAUUCCAUCCUCACAGUCACACUCGUCCUCUACUUCUGCCACUUCAAACAUCGUUGGAAAAGUUACUGAGUUCAAUUUUAAGAAAAGCUGGCCUGAAAAUAAUAUUCCAGCAGUGCCCAAUUAUAGUAAUUCUCGUGAAUCUCUGUCUUCUUCUACUAGUAAAACACCAUCGGUUUCUUCAGCAUCAUCAUCUGUCUCGUCUAUAGCUGUGCCUCCAGCAGCAGUGCCGGUGACAUUAAGCAAUACUAUGACUAGUUCAAACAUCAGUGUAGACUCUACUCACAUGUCAACAUCUUCAGCAACAGAUUCUCUUGACUUAUCUAACCAGGUCCCUAAACAAACAUUGUCUCCGUCACCUAAUCCUCCGUUCCUGAACUCAACAUUGGAGUUGCCCAACUCAGAGAUUCAACCAGCUGCUGUACCUAAUUUAAAGACUAAUUCAGAUGCUGCUACCAAAGUGGCCACUCAACUAAACGAACCUCUAAAUGGUGAAUCUGAAAUGAAGCUUGGAUCUUCAAGAAACUUCGGUCCUACUAAUGAACAGCCUGCCGGCAAUACAAGUUCUGACAUCAACGUUGUCUCAGUUCCUCAAUCACAACGGCCUUCAGAUGCACCUCUGCAACUUUCAACUUCUUUUCUUACUUGUGCUAGCGUUUCAAGCGGGAAAAAUGGGGGUUUGGAUGUUGGACUUACUCAAGAGGAUGAGAUGGAGGAAGAAGCUCCUGAGACAAGUAACUCAACAGAACUUAGUUUGGGAAGCCUUGGCGGGUUCGGGAUUGGCUCAACCCCUAACCUAUCAGUUCCUAAAUCAAAUCCAUUUGGAGGUUCAUUUAAUAAUGUAGAACCAAGUUCAUCAAGCUCUACAAUUGCAUUAUCAGUUCCCAGUGGAGAGUUGUUUCGACCAGCAUCUUUUACAUUCCCAAACUCCCAAUCAUCUGCACCAACUCAGUCAACAAAUUCAGGUGCAUUUUCUGGUGGCUUUGGUGUUGGGGCAGCUGUUCCUACACAAGCUCCAAAUGCAUUUGGGCAACCGGCACAAAUUGGAUCAGGACAGCAGGUUCUCGGUUCAGUACUUGGUAGUUUUGGACAAUCAAGGCAACUUGGUAGUGCUCUACCUGGAACUGGUUUUGCAUCUCCCCCCGGUUUUGGUAGUGGAUUUGCUGCCAAUAAUAAUACUGGUGGAUUUUCAAAUGCUGCUGUUGGUGGAGGGUUUACGGGCAGAACAUCAGCAGGUGGAGGGUUUGCUGCCAUAGCAUCCACAGGUGGAGGGUUUGCAAGUGUUACAUCCACUGGCAGCGGAUUUUCUGGAUUUGCUUCUCCUGCUGGUGGUGGUUUUGCCGGAGCUGCUCCCGCUGGUGGUGGUUUUGCCGGUGCUGCUCCUGCUGGUGGUGGUUUUGCUGCUGCUGCUACUUCAACUGGUGGAUUUGCCGGAGCUGGUUCUGGUGGUGGAUUUGGAGCAUUUAGCAGCCAAGGAAGUGGUGGUUUUUCAGCUUUUAGUAACGCUGGAGGUAGACCUGAGCUGUUCACGCAAAUGAGGAAGUAAUUACGCAUGGCAUUGCAUCUUGUAUUGUAAAGUUCUUCCGCAAAAAUGAUUUGAAAGCAGUGAGACUCUAUUGUGGUUCUCCAUAAAGAAAUUACGCCUUUACUUAAGCGUACCAUAUCAUACUACAAAAGAAAAUGGUGCAAUUUUGAAGUGUAGAAUUUUCUUUUAUCCCGAGUACUUCAUGCAAAAAAAAAAUCUUGGGAAAAUACAUGAAGUUUGUACUCAUUGAUAUGGUAAAAAAAGAAUUUUAAUUUUGUA